GGCAAAAAUCCUAAUUAGCCAUAAAUAAUUAAACUAUUACAAAUACGACAAAAUUUGAGCAACACUUGUCAAAAAUACCAUAAGGCUUGAAAAUAAAUAUGAAAAAAAAGUUUCAAGUUUCAACAAUGCAAUAAUUAUUGAGCUUAAGUUGGACCUUCACAUAUUGGACCUAAAUAAAUAAGAGGUUAAAUAAGAGAAUGGUGAUCAGGAUCUGAAGGGAAAGAAGAAGUAAAAACUUCUUUGAAUUGAAAUAAUUUUUGACUUCUAUCCUUCCUUUUGUCCACGGACAUCAUCAUCAGACACCGCCUGAUAAAAUUUCUUCUCCUUUUACUAAGAGUAGUAGCAUGAAAAUACUUGGUAUUGUUGUCCCCCUCACGAAACCAACAUUCCCAAGAUUUCUGCUUCCAUAUCUCAUAUUGACACGAUUCCACCUCAUCAAUUUCCAAAACAUUGUCCGCCUCCAUUUGAAGAUUACUUCGAGACGGGAUCUGAGCUUAGAUCUGAAGUAACAAAUUGUUAAACUUAAGUUUCUCAUUAAAGAAACCAAAAACUUCUCGAUUCUAUUUUAAUAAAAAGCGAUGAGUAUAAGCCAGUCUCCCCAUCAGCUAAAAGCUUUUAACACCAAUUAUUUCAAGCUCCCAGGCCUUUUUAAUAACUUCUUUAUAGCUUGCAUCCCUCGAUCAAGCAUCAAGAUACCGAAAAGGAGUGUGAAAGUGCUCACAAUUGAGAAGAAGAUCAAGAACAAUAGGGGCAUGGUCUGAGUCUUUAAUAGCAAGCAUCCGAACCCUAGCUCUAGGAAAGGAAAUCAGCUAGUCUGAAUCUCUAACCACAAAUUAAGGCGCUCCCUAAUGAGAUCAAAAACUUGUUGACUGCUGGACCAGGUGAAAUGAUUUUCAACACAACCUAAAUCCACUCCACCAAAGAUACUAAGAAAAUCAAGCAAACAUUUAUGGUCAGCUUCUUCCACCAGAUUACCUUCAAACUUGUCAUCUUGACACAUAACCAUAUUGAGAUCACCCAUCAAAACCUAAGGGGAAUCGAUCCCUGUAAUCUCCAGAGCUAAAUUCUCCCAAAAAUCUGCCAUUUCAUAUCUCAUUGGAGGGUUGUAAACAAAGGAACCAGACCAAUCUGGGCCAUUGAGGAUGUUAUGAAAUAAAAUAGAGAUUCUAGAUAAAUCAUAAGAUAAAACUUGAAUAUCAAUGCUACCUUCCAACAAAGGCACAAACUGCCAACAGUAUUAGAGGCACCAACCAUCGAAGCAUCCACAAAACCUAGACUUUGCCAAAUCAAAUUCACCCAUCUACCAUCAAACUUAGUUUCCAUAAGAAAGAGGACAUUUGAAUCUUCUUUAGAGACAAGGGUCUGAAUAGCCCUUUUUUCCAGCGAACUAGCUAGUCUGCGAAAACUCCAUGAAAUGAUUUUCAUGAUGAUUUGGGGGACAUGAUAAGGCCCGCCUCCUCAGCUAUGAAAAAAUCCCGCUUAUUGGGAGAGACCUUGUGACCCGCCGGUGGGGACCUCACAUCAAACCAAUUAGAACGCUCCCCAUCACCUCCUUCCAAACCCUCCUUGAAUACUUGAGUCCACAUGAUGACUUUGCUCAACAUCCUCUGUCUCGUUCAAUUCCUUCCCUUUUUGGCCUGAGAAAGGGGGAGGACCAGAGGAUUUGUGACCAAAAAUUGAUUUCGGGAUAACACCAAUAGGCCAACCCAUAUUGUCAAAGCCUUUUUUAUUCCUUUUAGUUGAAGCUUUCUCCUUACUCUGGGAAGUCUCUACAUCUUUAUCACCAAGAUGACUCUUAAAAUAGUGGCCACAUGAGCUAUAUCAACUUCAGGGAUGUAAUGCUCAACUACAAAAUCAUUACACCAAAUUUUAAAAGAGUUGUCUCCACCCUGGACCACUUUCCCCUUCGGGUUGAUUAAGGUUGUUUUUUUAAUAGUUGGAUCCUCUGCCCUAGGAUUCAAAUCCUUAGCACUACCGGAAGGGCAUUCAUCACCCGUAUCAGUUGUAACUUAACCUUAGACACCACCUCAUCUUGCUCCAUACGGAUGCACUCUUGAUAAUCUUCCACUUCAAGAAUCGCAAACCCACUCUCCAAACGAGAUCUCAAACGGAGCUAGGGACCAUAAAGGGGUACACUUCUACCAUCGAUUUAGGUAUGUCCCAUCACUUGCUUGCAUGUUAUGACGAGACUGAGGAUGCAAAUGCGUCCGGAGACGAGAACAAUGUCCAAACCCUUCCUUCAAUCCCUUGGGACUAUUCUCAGCUGAAGAGACCUUGCCCCGUGGCGAUAGAAGGCGAUGAUAAUGCUCAAGCCUCUUCCUCUGCCCCAUGGACCAGCGGGUGCAUCAGGAGGCCUCCUAUCAAGUUGCUCAAAAUUCAUCAUGAUAGUGAUACAAUUCAGAUGCUUGAAUCUGUGCACGACAACUCUGAUCUCUUGGUUCGAAAGACUUCCACUAUGGAGGUGGUGCACGACAUGUCUAGUUACGAGGGUGAUACUUUCACUAGUGGUGUCCAAGAUAUUAUUCGAGGUGUAGUUCAACUCAUGGUCUCCCAAUGUGGUUCUUCGAAUUUACAAGAGAAGCUGGCUUUCACAGAGGCGACCAUUGAGGAGCUAAAAAAAAUCUCCGCUCUUUUGGAUGCAAAAUACAAGCAUGAUACGGAUGAGCUCGAGGACAUCCUUGGUAAGAAGACAUCAAAACUUCUUGCAAUAAAAAAAGAGUUAGACGAGCAAAAUGAGCAAGUGCAGUACUACAUCAAUCAGAACUUUGCUUAUGCAAAGAAGGCUAAGGCGCUAGAAAAGGAUGCCCAAGAAAAUGAUUUGAAGGUCAAGGCACUAAGGGAUACUAUUCAUAAGCAAGAGGAGAUGAUGGCAAGAGACCGCCAUAAAUACAAGCGUAUCUUUGACAACCAAUUUUAUCAGUUAUGGAAAAAUAACCAAAACCUUGACCUUUCGUACAUGCCUCCCCGCAUCAGAGAUAAGGAACUCAUCAAGUGCAAGGCAAGAUAUCUUCGGGAAGUCGCACUUCCUCCCAAUACUACUGUCCUCGUUGUUGGUACUCCUAAGGACCUGUCUGGUGGUACUCCUCCUGAUGCUACUCCUAUGAACCAGUCUGGAGAUACUCUUCCUUGAGAUUUUUAACCUGUGAGCUAUUUAUCAUGAGUGCAUGUGCUCUUUGUUUUUGUUCAGUAGACUAUGUGCAUGAUGAUUUUGUGUUUCACUUUCCUUGGUCACUCUUUAUUUAAAUACUGGAUACACUCUAUUUUUUCUAAGUUAUCCUUAGUUAGAUAGCUAAUUAUAUGAGUUCUCUCUUAAAGCUC